AUGUAUUGGCCGGCACUUUCCAGCUCCGUCUUCCUUAUUGGGAUCGCCCUCCAGGCCAUCCAUGCGUCAAACGUUGCUUAUGGCGCCGAAACAAGACACCUUCCGGAUGCACCAGCGAGAAUUACGGAAGCCCCAUUGGGGGUAAUUGACCCAAUGAACUUGCUCCUUGGAAAUGGGCCUGGAUUAAAACCACGAGCAGAAUCAGAAGACUCUGCACUCGCAAUUACCAUUGCACCCGACGAGACUUGCGGCUACGUCGGUGCAGACAAAGAUUCGCCAGUAACAUGUCCUAGCAGUCGUUUAUGCUCUUGGGCUGUGUCUAGUGGUCUUGGAUUAGUUGCUUGUGGAUCACAAAUUCAUAUCACCUGCCUCGAGUCUUCAAAGGGAGUGAAUUCGACUCGAUGUGAUGAGACCUGUCAGAGCAAUGAAUUUAACCUUCUAUGUACCAACUCAGACCGGCCUUUCUGCCUCACAUAUGUCUACCCCAGCGGCAUCUUCGAUUACAGAUGUGCAUCAACUACGGUUGAAGAGCUUGAGCAUGUUUAUUUUACUUUUGAAGGACAGAAGAGUCAAAAUCUUAGUACACUGACUCUCACUGAUGAAGCAUCGGAAGGUUUGGGAGAACCAGUCACUGUAACUGUCCAAGGAAAGGCUACUGGAAGCCCAAGUGCUGUCACCAUCUACAUGAUACCUCAGCCGCCCAGUGAUUCAACGGCCUCCUCUGCUUCUCCUAGCUCCAGCAGCAAGUCUACUCCUGUCGGGGCCAUUGUUGGAGGCGUCGUUGGUGGUGUAGCCGUUCUUGGGCUGAUCGGCCUUGGUGUUUUCUGUUUAUUUCGACGGCGGAAAAAGAACAAGCGCCAGGAAUACAUGGCUGGUCAACCCAACAUGGCCCAUCCGAUAAACCAGAAUCAACACCCGUAUCAUCCCCAACACUGGGCUGUGCCACCCUACACAGGUACCAGCAUGGUACCCCCUGCGCCCCUGGAUGCACGUAUGUCGAUGAUGACAGGCUCGGUUUCUCCGAGUGGACAAAAUGCACAUGGAGGAGAGGGUCAAUUAUCUCCUUCAAUGGUUCAAAGCCCUGCCCCCGCUUAUGAAAUGGCGGGAAGCGAAGCUCGUGAGCCUGAGCCAGUCUAUGAGAUGGGCGGUGAUUCACCAGGGAGAAAGUAA